GGCAGUGACGACGGCCCCCGCGGACGCGGCGGUGACGAUGAUGAUGACGACGAUGACGACGACGACCGUGGACCGGAGAACCUCUUCACUGGUGGCGAACGAUCUGGGCUGAGCGUGCAGAACCCUGAUCUCAGGAGGGGCAGGAACCAGCCGGACGCGGUGAAGGAGAUCUUGAGGCAGGCAGCUCAGAAUGCUCGUGGCCGCGGCCCCGCUAUUGCUCCUUCUGCGGGUACCGCUGCGUCAAGCUUCGGUGGAGCGGGUAGGACAAUUGGGGAUGAUGGGCCGGCAGCCACCGAGACGCCAGCGACAGGCAGCAUUCCUCAGCAAGAAGCAGCAGCUGGCGGCGAUGAUGAAGACUUCGACUCCGUAGCGAUUCGUCACCUCAACUUCUGGCAGGACGGCUUCUCCAUCGAGGAUGGGCCCCUGCAACGCUACGAGGAUCCGCAAAGCCAGGCCCUCCUCCAGGCCAUCGAGAAUCAGUCUGCUCCUCCCGGCGCAUUCAACAUCAAAUUUGGGCAGCGUGUCGAGCUUCGCGUGGCCAAGAGGCUCAAUGAGAAGUACUCACCGCCCGCUCCUGGGCCGAUGAAGGCAUUCGGCGGCGAAGGCAACAGAUUGGGUAGCCCUGCGCCAGCUAUGGGAGCAAGCUCAUCCACGUCUGCCACCCCAGCGGCGGCUCCUCCUUCCACUGGCACGUCAGCCCCCUCCAAUUUCACCGUCGACUCCUCUGCCCCUACUACCUCGGUGCAAAUCCGCCUCGCUGAUGGGACAAGGCUGGUAGGCCGUUUCAACCACACGCACACCGUCGCCGACAUCCGCUCCUUCAUCAACGCUUCUCAGCCUGGUAUGGCGGCGCGCAGCUACGCCCUGCAGACUAGCUUCCCGCCCAAGCCCGUCGAGGAUGAGGCGCAGACGAUCAAGGAGGCCGGGCUGUUGAACGCCGUCGUGCAGCAGAAGUGGACGUAG